GAUUGGAUUGGGGAGCACGAGCGAGCGGGGGGGCCCUGCUCGUGCAUUCUUCAAGAUGAUCGAUCAGCAACGGCUGCUUCGUCUGAAUGAUGCUCGUCGCAGAUGGCUCGCUCGCUCGCUCAUCUGUCGGCAAGAGAGAGAGAGCGGCAGAGCGGGAACUGUCAAAGAACCGUUCCCUGCGCAAAUUCACUCGCGGCUGCCCGUCCGAGGAGGAUCUUCACGACGAUCGCCUUAUCAACACCUUGGCACUCUCUCCUCUUCAGGCAGUCCGGAACGACCAAGGAAAUUCCCGAGUCCGACCAGGGGUUCGUCGAAUGUGGUAUGGAAGCUGGAAGGUGACCCAUGCCCGCCCGCACGCGUGGACGUCGAGCUUCGACGGACGUCGGCAUCUAAGACGCCAAAAUGGGUCCGUUGCAACUCCCCUAUCCACAGCGCAUUAAACACUCGUCAUCGCGUGCUUUGCCGCCCGCCGAAAUCCACCAUCAUGCCGGGUUUCUGCCGU